CAAUCAAUAAGUCCGCGUCGCGGUCCUUCAUAUUUUGUCCAUCCUCUCCUCCAUCACCCCUCCCUCCCCACGAGCUCUUCGUUGUCUUACUACCAAAGCUCAAGGGCAUCUCAUAUAAUCUCAGUAGCCGGAUCGUACGGAUAGAUAGAGAGCGACUGCCUUCACCAUGCCGUCUGUUGCUCCUUUGGCCAGCACCGCCAAUGGCGUGCAAUCCGCCAACGACAACAUCACUCGUUUCGACCCCCCCAGCCGCGUGCGGUCGCCCCUCGAACACACUCUUUUCCACAACAAGACGAGAUGCUUCGUAUAUGGCAUGCAACCCAGAGCCGUGCAGGGCAUGCUUGACUUUGACUUCAUCUGCAAGCGCAGCACCCCCUCCGUGGCCGGUAUCAUCUACACCUUUGGUGGUCAGUUCGUGAGCAAGAUGUACUGGGGCACCAGCGAGACCCUCCUGCCCGUCUACCAGGACGUUGGCAAGGCCAUGGCCAAGCACCCGGAUGUCGACACCGUCGUCAACUUCGCCUCGUCGCGAUCCGUCUACAGCUCCACCAUGGAGCUGAUGGAGUACCCCCAGAUCAAGAGCAUUGCCAUCAUCGCAGAGGGUGUCCCCGAGAGACGCGCACGUGAGAUCAUGGUGACGGCCAAGGAGAAGGGUAUUACGAUCAUCGGACCUGCGACGGUCGGUGGUAUCAAGCCCGGUGCCUUCAAGAUCGGCAACACUGGUGGUAUGAUGGACAACAUCGUCGCCUCUAAGCUGUACCGCAAAGGUUCCGUCGGAUACGUCUCUAAGUCCGGUGGUAUGUCGAACGAGCUGAACAACAUCAUCUCACAGAACACGGAUGGUGUCUAUGAGGGUAUUGCGAUUGGUGGUGACCGUUACCCCGGUACUACUUUCAUUGACCACCUGCUGCGCUACCAGGCAGACCCGGAGUGUAAGAUCCUGGUGCUCCUCGGUGAAGUGGGUGGUGUUGAAGAAUACCGUGUGAUUGAGGCUGUCAAGAACGGCACCAUCACCAAACCAGUCGUCGCCUGGGCCAUUGGUACUUGUGCCAGUAUGUUCAAGACGGAGGUUCAGUUCGGUCACGCUGGUGCUUCUGCCAACUCUGACCUCGAGACGGCUGUGAGCAAGAACAAGCACAUGCGGGAGGCUGGCAUCCACGUCCCGGACACUUUCGAGGACCUGCCUCAGCUCCUCGCUGAGGUGUACCAGAACCUCGUUAAGAACGGUACUAUCGUGCCUCGCCCUGAGCCUCAGGUGCCUAAGAUCCCCAUGGACUACUCGUGGGCCCAGGAGCUGGGUCUCAUCCGUAAGCCUGCUGCUUUCAUCUCCACCAUCUCCGAUGACCGUGGCCAGGAGCUGCUGUACGCUGGUAUGCCCAUCUCCGAUGUCUUCAAGGAGGACAUUGGAAUUGGUGGUGUCAUGUCUCUGCUGUGGUUCCGCCGUCGUCUGCCAGCCUACGCCAGCAAGUUCCUGGAGAUGGUUCUCAUGCUCACUGCCGACCACGGUCCUGCCGUGUCUGGCGCUAUGAACACCAUCAUCACCACUCGAGCUGGAAAGGAUCUCAUCAGCGCUCUCGUCUCGGGUCUGCUCACCAUCGGCUCCCGAUUCGGUGGUGCCCUGGACGGUGCCGCUGAAGAGUUCACCAAGGCUUUCGACAAGGGCCUCAGCCCCCGUGACUUUGUCGACACCAUGCGCAAGGAGAACAAGCUGAUCCCCGGUAUCGGCCACAAGGUCAAGUCCCGUAACAACCCUGACCUGCGUGUCGAGCUGGUCAAGGAGUUCGUCCUGAAGCACUUCCCCAGCCACAAGCUGCUCGACUAUGCCAUUGCUGUCGAGACGGUCACUACUUCGAAGAAGGACAACCUGAUCCUCAACGUCGACGGUUGUGUGGCUGUCUGCUUCGUCGACCUGAUGCGCAACUGCGGUGCUUUCUCCGCUGAGGAGGCUGAGGACUAUCUCCGCAUGGGUGUCCUGAACGGUCUGUUCGUCCUUGGACGCAGCAUCGGUCUCAUUGCCCACUACCUCGACCAGAAGAGACUCCGCACUGGUCUGUACAGACACCCGUGGGACGACAUCACCUACCUGCUGCCCACCAUCCAGAAGGGUGCCCCUGGUGCGGAGGGCCGUGUCGAAGUUAGCGUCUAAUCGCACCUGCAGUCGGCUCAGGAAGUUGAUUGUGGGGUUAACGAUGUCCUCGGAGGUCCAUCAGCCGGUAGAGCAUAUUUCGUCUCCUCGGUAACGUCGGAGUUACUAUGGUCGGAACGUUUCUUUUUCUUUCUUCUGCUGUUAUAUUCCCUAUUAAAAUCUGUAGUCCAGAUAUGUCAUGGCUGGGCUGAUGGAACUGACGAAUCUACGCAUGUGCCGAGGGUGUGGAUGAAACAUAAUAAUCUGGUAUUGGGACAGGAUGGUUAGGUAGCCGCCUAGAAGUAGAACAAUUUCUUUCAUUUGAACAAUGAG